CUUAUUAAAUAGAUAAAAGUUGGCAGCAUGAGUAUUAUAACUCAGAAUCCGAAUUUAGCCAACCUCACCCACUCGAAUGCAAGCAUGAAUGCCCUCGACCCAAUGUCAAUGGGGGGCAUGCAUAAUCCGCCCGUAGAGGAGGGAAUGAUAGUGGCUCAACAACAAAGGCCGAGUGGUUCGCAGCAGGAGGUGGUGAAGUUGUCAAUCAUCAUAGAGAGGGCAGUCCAGAGUGCAUACCAUGAGUUGAUUGUACUGGCCGAGUUGCUACCCAGGAAACCGGACGUCGAAAGAAAGGUGGAACUGUGCAAGUGGUGUGUGAAGACUAGACAAAUGUUUGUGCGUGUGUUUGCACUGGCCAAAUGGGUGAGUCAGGGGGCAUCCAAACUGGACAAGAGCAGCCAGAUGAGUGAGUUCCUGGACACCCAGGCCAGCUUCUUCCUCAUGGCCGCUGACACGCUCCACAUCAUGGCCAACGAGGACUUGGCAAAUGCGAAGUUGCCCACGUUCUACAUUCCUCCCUCUGUGGACGUGCUCUCGACUGGAUCUUAUCCGAGACUGCCCUGUGCGAUUAGAGAGAAAGUGGUGGAGCCAGAGAGAGCGAGCCAGAUGGAGAAGGUGGCCACUCUGAUGAAACUGAACAGGAUCAUACCAUGUGUACUGGCGGACUCUGACUUCCCGAGAGAGUUCUCCGACUACUCGGUGUCAAAUGGAAGAGUGACCUUCACAGUUGCAAAUGAGUUCAAGGUCACUCUGACUCUGUUCGGAGUGGAGACUUCGCUGCCCUGGAGACUCCUCGACAUCCAGUUCCUCAUUGAGGACGAAGGAGUCAGUGAGGGGCGUGCUCUGGUGCAUGAGUUGCAGAAGAACUACUUGAUUGCCAUGAUUCAGAAUAAGUUGAAUUCGAAGGAGUUCCAGCUUGUAGAUGUAUACAGUUACCUGCACCAGUUCUGCCAGACUCUACGGCUGGAAGUGGUGCAUGCACAGGUGCUGUGUCUCUCCUUGGAGCAGAGGAACCCAUUCAUUGGUGUCUCCGGCUACAAAAUCGGAAGUGAGCUCAAAAUAUUCUACUGGAAGGACCUCCGGCGUGUACUCGGGAAACCUACAGUCACCACUACAUUGUCAGCUGCAACUCUGGCUGAAAAAGACUCGCAAUCGUCCAAUUUGUACUCUAUAGUUAUCAAGCUAGAAGAGUCUACGGGCAGCUUUGCGGUGACUCAUUUGCCCAAAUUGGAACAGGAAGACGAAGAAGGUGGAUCGAUGACGUCAUCUUGUGAAAUGCAUAUGAAGCUGUUUUGGGAACCGGAGCGACUGAAAAUAUCCGAGCUGAUUGCCAAAACAACCUUCAUCAGAGCCCAAUGUGCCCUCAAAUCAGCCCUUGAAUUCCUAAACAAACACAGUCCCACCUUCCCCACAGUCUAUAACCCCUCAGAACCGAGCAUCUCGCUCCAAAUACUUCACCCACAGCCAGUUGACCAAUCAGAAUCACUUAAACUCACUGUCCAAUCAAAGACGGGCAUGUUUGUGGUCACGUGUCCCAAGUUGUCUGUUCAGACUUGUUCCGAGUUGGAAAGUGCGAUUAAUAAAGAGUUGCCGACAUACAAGCUGAGACUGGAGUCAAUUCGGAAGUGGUUCCUGCUUGAAAGAGUGAACAAUAGUCUCUAUGGACUGACUUGCAGUGUGGUGGAGUCGCCUAGCUUCGAAUACAGCUCAUCUCAUCCCUACUCGUCACUUCCCGAGACAAAAAUAUUCCUGCAAAUCGAAAGCAACGGGCGAUACUUCGUCAUCGUGUGCAUAGAAUCACGAAAUGGAUUUGUCCAACCAACAUACUACCUGCUACAGCUGUUCCAGCCGAAAACGGGACAUGCCACGCUGCUGACGCCGAGCGGAACUGGCGGCAAAAGCGAUCAAUCUAGAUUUUCAGCUUAUAAACCUAUACAAAUAGCUUCAUUGCUUCCGUUGAAACCUCAAAAAUGUAGUUCAGAAGAAAGGGAUUUUGACGAAAACUCAGAUAUCACCAAAUGUAGAAACGAUUCGAAGAAAUUCAAGGUCACAUCAGACUUCGAUGAUGAAUACAGUAAAAAUGUUCAGUCGGUUAAAAAUAACGCGACAGAAGAACCUCUGACGUUGCCUGGAUUACGUAAUGUGGUUUCGAGUUGUUACGUAAGAUUCCUGACGAAUUCGGUGCAAGAAGCUAUUCGGUCUUUCAUACCUGGGGCUCAGUUUUUCUCCACACUAUCUGAGGGGGCCCCGUGUAUUAUCAUUACGAAGAUGCCGGAUUAUAAUUUAGGCUCUGUGAGCAAAUCCUCGCAGGCGUCCUUCAAAAAGAGCAUCAAGACUGUGGAGUUGAGACCACGAGUGCAUCGCAACUUCAGAAGUGUAUUGGGCAUCACAUUUGUCACCACCACACCCACUUGCAACCAACUAGUGAAGGGGGGCAGUGCUGGUGCAGGUGGGGGCAAUAGAUGUGGCAGUAAUAGAAGCGCCCAUUUAGAGAGUGUCUUUGAAAUUAACCGAUGGUCUCCGAAUAGUUUCUUCUCUGUGCCUGUGAGUAAGUUGGUCAACCAGUGGAAACAUAUGUUGAAGCUCUACGACGAGUACUCCAUUGUGAAACACUACAUCGACUCAUUCAGUCACACACUCAAUGCAGACAAACCUUGGCUUGAAAUAGUCUCAUUCAAUUUCGACAAGCUAACUCUUGCUUAUGGACCCAGACAGAGAUUCACAGUUACAUUCAACGCUUCCUACUUCGACAAAGGAUGUCAUCCCAUACAAUACCCGGAAAUGCCCAAACUCAAAAUCACAUUCGGAACCAAGUACAAUGCAUCGGCGUCAGAGAUUCCAAAUCCGCAUCUCGGAAGUUACGAGUUACUAGCCAACGCAGAAUACGGAAGACCCGAGACGCAGAUUCUGGAUCUGAUGUACUCCUUACAUGUCACCAGUCGCCCAAUGUGUCUAAUAUAUGGUCUAGACCGACAGGUGAAAGUGGGCGUGUCUUUUUGUAAUCGACCCACUGAUUUCUGCCAUUCGCAGGUUAAUUUAGUGGCACAUGGAAUUACGAAGUUGACGAUAUUCUAUCGCUUCAUUUUCGCGAUUGACGUGGAGUUCUUCAAAGAUUGCGUGGCUUUGUCAGAUGGGGCGUUGAGUCGAUUUUCGGAAGAUGUCACAAAAACACCAACGCUCAAAUCCCACUACGCGCCUCAGAAACUGGAAAAGUUUCACUGGCUAAUCAGCAAAGUCCUUACCAGGCGCACCUCUCACGCAUCUUCUUCUGCAACGCCGUUCGGAACAUCUCUUGUUUCGACAAUGUCGCCGGACUCUUUUCCGACCAUCACGUUGCAGACUCCGCCUCCGAACGCAUUCGGACAACCUGACUUUACGGCAGGCUUCAACGACAUGGCUUCGACGCCUGGAUCUUUGCCAUCGGUCGUUCCAAGUGAUGAUUCAGAUAGUUUGACCUUGGUUCCUAGUGCAAUGACCCCAAGUUUGACUGUGCCAACUAUAGGUCCGAAAGGUCAGUUUGAGACGCCAGAAUUAGACUGUAAGUUUGAAGACGCGAUGGACUCUUCGCUGUAUGAUUUCGAAUCGUCUUCUUCGUUAUUGCAGAACGCGGAUGAUAUGUUGCCGAAUAGUUGUGUCAGGGUUUCGUACCAGAAUUUUGCGAAGUUAGUGCAGAAAAGAGUACAGUGUCAGGAUUUGAGCAAGACUAGAAUCUCGGUUGUGGAGUUGUAUCUCGCGUGGACCUUUCUCAAAUGGGAUUUGAUGGGACAGAUUACGGAGUCCUUUUCCCACGAAGAGCACACUCUAAAGUUGGCGGGGCCUAAUGGGUUGGUGACAGUCUUGGGUAUGCGGGAAGACUUCUUGGGUCUCUACAUGAAAAUAACACCACAGACUGAUCUGAACAUAUCGAACCAAUCAGACGACAUAACAGUAUUGGACGAUAAACAACUUCCUCCAUCCAUGUCAUCAAACCCAACAUCAUCAUUGUCAUCCUCAUCAGCUGAGCAACAAAACAGUCUGUCCGAGAAAGACCAGAAGUUUCUGCAGACUUACUUCCAGCACCAAAUUGCAGUGUUGCCGUUCAGAUCCCCACUGUUGUUAGCGUGGUGUAACUUCUUAUUGCUGCCUGCAGCUGUAGUGUCUGAUUUUGCAUCCAUUUUGAGGUUUGAGACGAAUCCUUCACCUGAGUUUCUGUGGUUUAUAAAAGUGACGUGGACUUUCCCGAUGCAGCAGAUUAGCAAUGUGGCCAUCAACAAGAUUGGGAGUACGUGUAUCCGGCGGGGCUCUCCUUCCUCCUCCGACUCAGUCAUGUUUCUGUUCACAUUCACUUCAAAGAAGAGUGUGCGUCAACUGGAACUGCCCCUGACCUACAACUGGAGCAGCAGAAAAGUAGUGCCAGCCAUACAGAACAGUGUCUUCGAUCAGUACAUCACAGAAGCAAUUCAGUCUAUUACAUCUCAAAGUCAGACAGCUGUGAAUUUGGAGAGAUCUUUUCUUUCUACUUGUAUCGAGUAUAUUCUCACAAAGAUGUCAGAAUGAUCUUCACUUAUGCUGAAGCUCAACUUCUUUUCUGUCGAUUACAAUCAACGCAAUAAACUACGCAAUCGGUGAAACGAACAUUUUGAAUCAAGGUGAACAGUUAUAAUGAACUAUCAAAGAAUGCGGAACAAUCUUAAGCGACAUUAACUUAAUAAGGAGCGUCGAUAUUCCAUUGAUAUAUUCAUUAUCAUUGGGUGAUUAAUGAGCGUUUUGUACCUAAAGUAUCUUCGCUCCAAGUCGUCGAGGGAUAAAAUACAUUUGAUUUAAGCAUUUAGCUUAAAAUGAAGAAAAACUUGUAUGUCUGUUGAUCGACAUUUCUUUGAAGUCGAGUUUGAAAUAUUUGAAUUUUCGUGUGAUUAUUUAUUUCUAGUUUAUCUGUUUUUCAUUCAUUUCCCGGAAUAGUUUAAGAAUACAA